UGUUGAAAAUGAUCGAAUCUACGAUACUGAAGAGGUGGGAAAAUUACUAGCAAUCCAGUACCUGCGAAGAUUGAACGGAUUAUUGAUUGCUCGAGGAGGCUUCGGAGGUUGAUCUCAAUGAGGGAAGCUGAAAGGUGCAGAAAUGACGAAUCAAGCACACCAUUGGUGGCACAAAAUGAUGGUCUGGGAUUUGAUGGGAUUAUUCCUCAAUUAUUUACCUCUUUACCAGCUCUAAAUGAAGCUGCUUCUUAUCUUGCACAAACAACUACUUACUUAACUGGUUGUUUUUCUGAUUAUUCUGUGGAACCUGCUGCUAGAGAUUCGACAGAUUCCGUUGUACAUGCACAAGAAUUAGUGACAUUUUCUUCUGGACGGCCUGAGGAGUCUGUGAUUAGUGAUCAUCCAUCUGCAACUGGAAGCAGCUCAACAUCGUUUGAAUCCUCUAGUUCUGCAACUACCGCCCCUGCUAACCAUGUUGGAGUAGCAAGGGCCUCUGGUGGAGAUCUAUCUGAAAAUACUGAUGCAAUUGUACAAUCAAAUCAGACUGGGCAAAAUGGGAUUUCGAUUUUUCAAGGGCUUAUUGAAAGAGCACGGAGGACUGUUCGUGGAUCUGCAGACGAUAUAGGAUGGCUAAAGUGUGAUCCAGAGAUGCCUUCAGUUGAAGAUGGAACUGAGAGGUUUACGGAAAUUCUUGACAAUAUUAGGCAUGGUCUGCACAAACUGCCAAGCUCGAUGGUUUAUUUAUUGGUUCCAGGUCUUUUCAGCAACCAUGGACCUCUUUAUUUUGUCAGUACAAAAACAAGUUUCUCAAAGAUGGGUCUGACUUGUCAUAUUGCCAAGAUUCACAGUGAGGCUUCAGUUGAGAAAAAUGCCAGAGAGAUCAAAGAUUACAUUGAGGAAAUUUAUUGGGGUUCCAAGAAACGUGUUUUGCUUCUUGGACAUAGCAAAGGGGGAGUAGAUGCAGCGGCUGCUUUAUCUAUAUAUUGGUCUGACUUGAAAGAUAAGGUUGCUGGGUUGGCAUUGGCUCAGAGUCCAUAUGGUGGAAGCCCUAUAGCGUCAGAUAUCUUGAGACAAGGACAGCUUGGUGAUUAUGUUAAUCUACGUAAACUUAUGGAGAUUCUAAUUUGUAAAGUGAUUAAGGGGGACAUGCAAGCUUUGGAAGACUUGACUUAUGAGAGGAGGAAGGAAUUUUUGAAGAAACACCAUUUACCGAGGGAGCUUCCUGUUGUUUCCUUCCACACUGAAGCUGGCAUCAGUCCUGCUGUUCUCGCAACAUUAUCUCAUGUUGCUCAUGCGGAGCUACCAUUGAUGGCUCCCCUCUCUGCUGGCCAGCCUGCAAGGCUGCCUGUGGUCAUGCCCCUUGGUGCUGCAAUGGCUGCAUGUGCCCAGUUGCUUCAGGUGAGGUACGGUGAGAAGAGUGAUGGACUUGUGACGCGCUGUGAUGCUGAAGUCCCUGGAUCUGUCGUGGUGCGGCCAAAACGCAAAUUAGAUCAUGCCUGGAUGGUUUAUUCAUCAUUGAAGGAUGAUCCAUCUGAAGCAGAUGCAGCCCAAGUGUGUGAGGCUCUUUUGACAUUGCUUGUGGAAGUUGGGCAGAGAAAAAGACAUGAACUCUCAAUGAAAGAUGAAUGACCAUCAGGCGGCCCAUCUCGUUGCCACAAUUGGUUAGUUAUCGUUCUUUAAAUUCUUUUACCAUAUGACUUCAGCAACGUAGGUUGAAGUCUGACACUCGUGUAUAUAGCUGAAAGUUAGGCAGGCUCAGUGUUCCCAAUUUGUAAAAACAGAAAAAAGGUAUGACAAUGAUCCAAGAUUAGAAGGAAUUGUUUAAUAUAGCUGAACUUUCCCAAGACUUAACUCAUUGAGUUCUUUAAAGAUUGAUUAUUAAUUAUGCUUAA